CUUGCGUGAUGACGUCCAUGCAUCAUCGGCGCCAGCGCAGUGCGGCCGCGGGAAAGAUUCAAACUAGCCGCAUCACCCUAGCGAGGAGAAUUCAUGGCCGCUGACGACGCCGGGGAGAGAAUCGUCGCCUGAGGAUUACAAGCGGCCGUCGACUCGUCCCCCGAACUCCGGUGAGCGAAGCGCCUUGCGGACAAAACGGGAAUGAAGCAAUUAAAAACUCCUGCCUGAGUCAUUAUGAACUUUUCAACACCACAGUCUGCUGGUUCCCAAGGCAGUCCCUCUUCCGGCAGUGUGUUUGUGUCUCCUGGCACCAGGCGACAGCCGCUCAGUGCCUCUGGCACCCCUGUGCUGCAGAACUGCCCGCAAAACGACGAUGAACGGGAGAGGAAGCAGCGGAGACGCUCCAGAGUGUAUGAUCUACAGUUUAGCACUGAGUCGCCUCUGUCCAUACAGUCUCCUGCUAGCAAGCAAGCAGAGACAUCGCUUCCAGCAAUCCCACAAUUGUCCAAUGCUCAGAUUGCAGAUCAUUACUCCACGUGCAUCAAGCUUUCAACAGAAAACAAAAUCACAACAAAGAAUGUAUUUGGCUUACACCUCAUUGACUAUAUGACUGAAAUACUCAAGCAGAAAGAUUCCGAGCUCACCAACUUCAAGGUAGCAGCUGGUACCCUUGACGCCAGCGCAAAGAUCUACGCCGUGAGAGUGGACGCUGUCCAUGCAGAUGUUUAUCGCGUCCUUGGAGGGCUGGGCAGAGAUGCUGCACCUGCAGAGACUGAGAAUAGCCAGGAUACAGGUGGCGAGAAGGAAGAUUUGGACCAUUCUAAGAAGCGUUCGAUUAAGAGGAAGCAUCUGUACAAAACCAUUGAGAAAAAUUUGAAUAACAUCAAUGUCUCCGAGACAGAGCGCAAAUGUGAGAGCGAUCCCAUGUUCCAGAAAACAGCCUCGUCCUUCGAUGAAUGCAGUACAGCUGGGGUGUUCCUUACCACGCUCCACACACACAGCUUCCUCAGUGAAGUCCUGUUUGAUUCUACGGUUGUUCCUCUGCCGUCUUCUGGGACUUCCGAGAUACCAAGUUCUUCUCAUGUGAAAGUGACUGAUUUAAAAUCCAUCCUUCUACGUUGUGUUGAAAAUUCCGCCAUCUGCCCUUCGUUGUCCGGCUUUCUGUUUACACAAUGGAACAGUGAAACCCACAAUGAGUCAGUCUCUGCUCUGCUAGAUAAAUUCAAGAAGAGUGACCAGGCAUUUGAUAUCAACGCAGAGACGGAUAACGAGUAUCUUGAGGAUAGGAUGGAAGAUGAUUUUGAUGCCGAUGUUCUAGACAAGACGAUGGCCAGAGAUCUUGGUGAAUUCUCCGAAAAGCUGGAAUCCUGCCGAAUAGCACCAGAACUUUCAAGAGAAAACCAGGUUUCAACAAAAGAAGGGGAUAUUGGGUCCAUGUGUCUACAGCUGUCUAUGAACCCCAGCGAGUAUUCUUACUUCAGCCCCCGAAUUAUGUCCAUGUGGGCAGGCCCAGAACACUGGCGUUUUAAACCGCACCAUAAAGGUGAUGCCAAGUCUGAGAGAGUCAGUAAAAGGAGAACAGUUAAGAAAGUCUUUGAGAUCAAUUUUGACGAGGAGAUUGACUUUGAACUUCACUUCCGCAAAACUCGGGCAGCUACGGUCCUGUCCAAGUCAACCCUCCAAAGCCAAAACAAGAAAAGCAACACCCUCCCAAAGGACUUCCAUUAUGAUCCAGACAACCUCACUCGGCUGUUCCUCAAACCUCAAAUCAGGCUCUCAAACAUGCCACUUCAGGGCCGCUCACCCAGUCAUAACGACGACGAUGAAGUUGGAGAAUACGAUUACAACAAUCCCAAUGAUACCUCCAAUUUCUGUCCCGUGGCGCAAGACGCCGACAGCGAUGAUGAUGACGACAAUGGGCCUGUGAACUUCAUAGGUCAGGGAGGGAUGUUUGAAAUGACAGCCUACCCUAUGGGUGGAGAUGACCACGAUGGAGAACUUGGUGAUGGAAAGGCCAGAGGAUUCAACAUCUCCACCUACGGUGAAGCCAACAUGGUAGCUGAGCCUCAAAAGGUGAACAAAAUAGACAUUCAAUAUGCAAAAACUGCCAAAAAGAUGGACAUGAAGAGGCUCAAGCACAGCAUGUGGCAGCUCUUGACAGAGGUCCCAAAGAAUCAGGCCGAGGAAGAGGUACAUAGUGAAGGAACAGAGAAAAAGGUCAACUCUUCAUCCGUCCCGAAGGUCUUCAGUAGCAUCACCAAGGACCUACUUCAAAGCCUGCCUUCCAUGAUGGCAAAAAACCUCUCGGUCCCAUUGGCCUUUGCCUGCCUCUUGCACCUGGCUAAUGAAAAGAACCUGAAGCUACAAGGGGUAGAAGACUUGUCCGAAAUCUUAGUGCUACCAGAAGAUUAACCGGUGCUACCCGACACUCUCCAGCCUCCCAGGAAGGAAUUGAUCUGCCUUUUUGAAACACCCCCCCCCCCCCAGUGCGUCAAGUGAAGGGCAGGAGCCUCCAGCUAAUUCCAUCGGUGCCUCCUGGGACAAAUCGAUACGAUUUUGCAUUAUGGUUUCGGCAGUCAAAAUCUGAUUGUCUUUUUAAAAGGACCCUGGAUGUUUUUAAUUUUGGCCCUUUUCCCAUGAUGGGAAAGAGGGAGCUUUUUUAACACCCGUGUGUGUGUUCUUGGCACAAUCGCGACCCUUGUAUCCCAUUCUGCUUUUUAAAAAAACCAGUUUUUCAGUUCCCGUUUUUCUUUCUACAGUUUCCUCUCUCCUGUCGUUUUUAUCAUUGUCUUAAGUCAUUUUAUAUAUUUAUACGCAUCUUUUUUUCUCUUUUUUUAAAGGAAUAAACCCAAACCAUAUAGUA